CUGAUUUUAAGACUGAAUGGGAUGUACCAUGUAGAAAUAAAAGAAUAAGAUGCAAACUCUUGUAUUAUAAGUAUGUUUAUUCAAAAUAAAACAUAGAUUUAAGAAACAGAAAUACGUUCUAAAGAAUCACCCUAAACUCCAGAAACAGUGGAUAUGUCUGGUCCUCGAUAAUAAAAUAUUAUAGUCUUAAAGAAACUGCUUGCUUCGUCAAGGUUGAGUGUUGAUCAAAUCAUUAAUCCAACUUUGAAAAAAAGCUCGCAUUCUACAUUAAAUAGAAAAAGAAGAUCAUAAUUAAAUUGAUAAUAAG